AUGGAGCCCUUCGCUCAUGCUGGUUCACCAGCAAUUUCAAGGCGUCUGUCUCAAAUGCCGCCUCUCCGUUCGCUCAAGACAUUCAACUUACCCCCGGAACAAGUGGACGAACUGAUGCACCCCGCCUCAGCCGUGUCACAAACUCCCACUUCAGAGAUCUUGAAAGGGCACCCACUCCGUGUCCUGAUAGCCCCAUCAGGUUUCAAGGAAAGUUUGGGCCCAGAACAGGUUGCUGAUGCUAUCGAAUCAGGCAUCACCAAGGUCCUGGACAAGAGUUCCGUCAUACUGCGCAAGUUACCUCUGCACGAUGGCGGAGAAGGCUUUGCAAAGGCACUAGUGGCGAGUCACAAUGGUAGCAUCAUUGAGGAGUCAGUCUUGGGUCCUGUCGGAGAACCUGUCGAUUCUCACAUAGGCUUCAUUGGUACCAAUAAGGAGACGGCCGUAUUAGACAUGGCCGCUGCAGCAGGCCUCCGUCUUGUCCCCAAGCAUUUGCGCGACCCAACCGUAACUACUACCUUUGGUGUCGGACAAUUGAUGAAAAUGGCACUUGAUGCAAGAUGCACCAAGAUCAUCAUUGGGUGUGGGGACUCGGGUACAUCUGAUGGUGGAGCCGGUAUGCUCCAGGCGCUCGGUGUCCGUCUUAUAGAUGUAGACGGCAAUGACUUGCCCAUGGCAGGUGGUGGUCGUUCCUUGUCUCGUCUAGCCAGCCUGGACUGGAGCGGUAUCCACCCUCGUUUGCCCGACAAGGCUCAGAUAGAGGCUGUGUGCAAUAUCAAGAACGUACUCUGUGGUCCCAAAGGCGUCGCGCGAGUUUACGGACCGCAAAAGGGCGCUACGCCUGCCCAAGUCGACUUGCUGGCAGCAGCGCUCGAGCGUUUAGCCCGAGUGGCUCAUACAAAACUGGAAAAGGACAUUUCCCAUAGCCCAGGGAGUGGUGCAAGUGGCGGCCUUGGAGCAGCCUUGAUGCUGCUUGGCGCUCAGCUUCGAGCGCGUGGCGAGGCUAUCAACGAGUACUUUGAAAUUGAUCGUGUUCUAGAUCAGCAAUGGGACUUUGUUAUUACCGCCGAGGGAAGCCUGGACUUCCAGUCACCAAAUGGGAAGAUGACGACAGAGAUCGCCCGCCGGGCAAGGCGGAACGGUGCGCAGGUGGUUGCAUUGGCUGGCACGAUUGGAGAAGGAGCAGACGGUUGCUACGGUGCUGGUAUCAAAGCAUUCACAAGUAUUCUGAGAGGCCCCUUGUCGCUAGAUGAGGCAAUUGUGCAGACGGAGGCUUUGGUCAAGGAUGGUGCUGAGAAGGUGAUGCGCAUGAUACUGGUGGGAUUGGCCCUUGGGCGAGGUCGGUGA